AUGGCGACACCCGUCAUACCAGGUAGCGACCGUGGGAGUUUAAAAGCGACGAAAGCCGAUCGUUUGUGCGAGAGCGAGAAACCGACCAGCAGCAGCAACGACAUCUCUAUUCAAGUGGCCGGCCUGGUGAAACAAGCGACGGCGGCAGCGUCCAAGACCGAUCCUCCGACACACGUUCCACUGGAUGCAGCCGCCUUGGCCCUUCACAAUGCCGAACAGGAUUCCAUCGAGGCGGCUCUCCCCAUUCUCCCAAGAGGCUUUGUCGAAAACACGGCCGAAAUCUACGCCGAGGUGGCUAGCUUUGAUGUCAUCCCUCCAGAGAAGCUGCGAGAGUACUGGCGCGUGUACACAAUCACGCAUCGCAAGUUGUACGAUCCAACCGCCAACCGCUUGGAAAAUUUCUGGUGGCAUGUUUGGGGCAGCAAGCGCCGUGGUCUUAGUGGCAAGAUCGUUGCAAAGCUGUACGAAAACAUCUCGACGGGCCCGACAUUUGUCCCUUUGCGGACACCUGCCAGUCGAUACGACGGACCAACGAGUGCGAGUGAGGAUCAAAGACCAAGCCAGGAUGCACCUGUGCCAGGAGCGUCCUCGCACGCCGCGGCUGUGGCACCCAAACGAGUGAACAACGCAGACUCUACUACCGAGGGCGAGCGAGCAGAUACCGGCACGCUUGAUCACAAGCAAGCUCAGCAGGAUGCGCAUGUCAAGCUGCUCUCAUCUUCCUCGACAAGGCCAGCCCCGGCGCAAUCGAUUCUCCGGAAACCUCGGCCGUCGUUGUCGGGUCCCCGCCCAACGCCACGGUUCGCCCUACCGUCUAGUGAGCCUUCCGAGGCAGAAGAGGACGAACAAAACGUUCAAUUGGGAGGCAGCAGUGAGGCCAACGAAGAUGCAGUCACGAGUGCAAGUAGCAUUGGCAAUGGCAACGGAAGCACCGACACGAACCACUCAGACCAUCGCGAGAGCAAGCCAAUAAAACAUUCGAGCAAUAGCAGCAACAAUAGCGGCAGAAAACCGGCAUCCAGCAAGCGCGAAGCAGUCACCAAGUCCGGUAAAGGCAAAGCAGCUAAGAAGAAGUUUGUCGUCAACUCAUCCGCCUCCAAACGACGGACUGUGGUAUCUAAACGAUCCGGUUCACACGGCUCACAGUCGUCCGGUGCCUCCGAAGGGCCAGGGUCCCGCGAGACCCCGUCGUAUUUUCCUCCGCGCCAUUCCGGCGAGUCGCUUGUUGGCGUUGAAGAGGAAGAAUUGGAGGACGCCAUUCUUCCUCCUGCAUUGUCUUCACCACAAAGCCCGAAUCCGAUGCCAUCCAAGUCACGGGUCUUAGAGCAACAACGGCGGUCACCGAAAUUAGCCGCCAUGACAGAAAAGUCAGCCGGGAAGCAACCCGCCGGGCAUCAGCCUCUUGCAGAUCCGGAACGGACAUCCUCGCCAGCUUCCGAAUCGACUGCAGUUUCUUCGUUAUCGGGAUCAGUAGCGGGUUCCGCCACAGGAACCACUGCUGCACCUGCACCAACACUAGCAACUGCCUCACGAAAGCGGUCCUCGUUUGCCCAGUAUGUGACGGGCGCAUCGGGAGGGCCUGUGAGCCUGGCAUCCUCGGGCGGUUCAUCAGGUGGACUCGAGGUGCCCGUUGCUUUUCGCAAUAGGCAGUCAACACAGCGGCCAAAGAUUAAGAUUCCCGGCGGGCCAGAGGCAAUACCUCGUCCAGGCGGCGGAUUAAUACGGCAAUCCACAAUGCCAUACGAGCCCGGGCAGAGCCACAGACAGCAACUGAGCCGUAUUGGUUUAACUACGACAAUGUCGUCUAGCAGAGGCACCGCACAUGCUUUACCACCUACCUCCGCCUACGUGGGCCCUGGCUCAGCAGCAGCACCCGGUCUAUCGGCGGCAGCGCCGGCGGCCCCCAUGAUGGGUCGGUCCAUGUCGCAAGAUAGCUAUGGAACACGCCCACGACUUGUCCCCGGCUACCAGUCCCCCAUUCUGGGGCCGAUGCGGUCGUCCACGGUGACUGCAGCCUCCAUGGUCGCGGCAAAGGGUGUAUUUAUGGACGCCGAAGGCCCUGACACAUUUGAGUUGUACGCAAAGACGGGACUGGAAGAGCCGCCCGAAGAGCCCGACGACGACGACAAGGAAGACGGCAGCGAACUGCCGGCGUACAUGUCGGAAACGGGAAGCUUUAGUUCGAGCUUCCAGGCCCCGUCGAGCUUCCAGAAUGCCGCCUCUUCCAGUUUCCAAGACACACAGCCCGCACUGCCCCGACCGCUCUUCACGCCGACGCGGCCGGCACAGACACCGCGCAUCCCGUUUGCGCGCACCCGCAGCCAGCUCAAUGUCAUAUUGGACCGCGAGAAGGAACGCCUGGGCGAGGGCAGCUAUGCGUCAUGGCAAGAGUCCCGCACACGCGACCAGCACGAGACCGGCGACCGAGAGCACCGCAACUCUUGA